AUGUCCAAGCCAACCGAUCUCGUCGAACAAGCCAAGCAAGCCGCCGCCUACAAGGCAGUCGACCUGCACUUCCCUGAGUCUCCCAAGGUCAUUGGCAUUGGCUCCGGCUCCACCGUUGUUUACGUUGUUGAGCGUAUCGCCCAGCUUGCCCAAGCCAAGCCCGAAAUCGCAAAGAACGUUAUCUUCGUCCCCACAGGCUUCCAGUCCAAGCAGCUUCUCCAAGAUGCAGGCCUUAUUGUUGGUUCCAUCGACUCCUAUGCCGUUGGAGACCUUGACGUUGCCUUUGACGGUGCUGAUGAAGUUGACCCCCAGCUUAACUGCAUCAAGGGUGGUGGUGCCUGCCAGUUCCAGGAAAAGCUUGUUUCGCUGUGCGCUCGCAAGUUUGUUCUUGUGGCUGACUACCGUAAGAAGAGCGAUGCUCUCGGUGUUUCUUGGACUCAGGGUGUCCCCAUCGAGGUCGUUGGCAUGGCCUACCGCAAGGUCACCGCCGAUCUGCUGUCACCGGAAUUUGGUGCUAAGAAGGUCACUCUGCGUAUGGGUGGCAAGGCCAAGGCUGGUCCUAUUGUCACUGACAAUGGUAACUUUGUUUUGGAUGCUGACUUUGGUGCCAUCGACGCUGCCAGAGUCCCUAUUCUUGACAAGGCCAUCAAGACCCUUGUUGGUGUUGUAGAGACUGGUCUUUUUGUCAAUGCCGAUAUUGCUUACUUUGGUGAAUCAGAUGGCUCUUUCAGCACUAGAGAAAAGAGCGCUUAA